ACACAGCAACAGAACACUUCCCCAUCUCAGAACACUCCUCAGACCACUGCCGCCGCUCCCAUGGCGACGGCUACCGUGAGCCUAAUGGCCCCCCUCCUCCAGAACGCCCAACAGGACGAGCAGAGGCCCUCUGGAGACCUACCACGCCCUUACAAGUGCCCUCUCUGUGAGAAGGCCUUUCACCGGUUGGAGCACCAGACUCGCCAUAUUCGCACACACACUGGCGAGAAGCCACACGCCUGUACUUUUCCUGGAUGCUCAAAGCGCUUCAGCCGUUCCGAUGAACUCACCAGGCACUCACGCAUCCACAACAAUCCCAACUCUCGAAGGGGCAACAAGCAGCACGCUGCCGCCGCCGCCGCCGCCGCUGCCGGCAUGAUCGAACCCAACACCAUGGCUCAUAUGAUGCCCCCGCCCAGCAAGGCCAUCGGUUCGCGAUCCGCACCUAGCUCACAGCUUGGAUCGCCCAACGUGUCUCCUCCGCACUCUUUCUCCAACUACUCGCCUAACAUAUCUUCGGAUCUUGCUUCGUAUCGAAACGGCGGCAGCAACAGCAGCAGCCCCAACGGCCUGGCACGCAACAUCGACCUCCUCGCUGACGCUGCUUCGAGAUUGGAGCAAAGGCAUGGACAUCAUUACUCCAACCGCCACGUCACCAGUCAUGGCUAUCAUCCCUAUCAGAACAAUCAUAGACUCCCGGGACUCGCGCAGUAUGCCUACUCCCAGCCCAUGUCGAGGUCGCAUUCACAUGAGGAUGAUGACCCAUAUGCGCACCGAAUGACAAAGAAAUCGCGGCCCGGUUCCCCCCUCUCCACCGCACCUCCAUCACCCACAUUCUCGCAUGACUCAUGCUCACCAACGCCGGAUCAUACCCCGCUUGCAACGCCUGCCCAUUCUCCGCGGUUACGCCCGCAUGGCUUCAAUGAUGUGCAGCUCCCGCAUCUCCGGCAUCUGAGUCUCCACCACGUGCCAGCACUUGCACCUAUGGAACCUUCGACCAACACUGAGGCACCAUACAUCCCCGCUCAAACUUCGGGCGGUCUUCGCAUAGGCGACAUCAUCUCAAAACCAGAAGGUGCCCAGCGAAAACUGCCUAUACCGCAGAUUCCGAAAGUCGCCGUACAGGAUCUUCUCAACGCACCAAGUGGACUUUCCUCGGGAAACUCGUCCACGACGGGAUCUGUCGCUGGCAACGACCUCUCGGAGCGGUUCUAA